CAGAAGGGUGUAUUGUUUCUUUCCUUUCGGGAGCCCAUAUUAUUCGAGAUCUGCUCAGUUCUGCAAUCUAAUAUCAAAACGGAAAAUGGCCGGUGGCAAGGCGGGAAAAGACAGUGGCAAAGCCAAGGCAAAAGCAGUAUCACGCUCCCAGAGGGCUGGGCUGCAGUUUCCAGUGGGUCGUAUCCACAGACACUUGAAGACUCGCACAACCAGCCAUGGCCGUGUUGGAGCCACAGCAGCUGUGUACAGUGCAGCCAUCCUCGAGUACCUCACCGCUGAAGUUCUAGAGUUGGCGGGAAAUGCCUCCAAAGAUCUGAAGGUGAAGCGUAUCACCCCCCGUCAUUUGCAGCUGGCCAUCCGUGGUGACGAGGAGUUGGACUCCCUUAUCAAGGCCACCAUUGCUGGAGGAGGUGUCAUCCCACACAUCCACAAGUCCCUCAUUGGAAAGAAGGGCCAGCAGAAGACUGCAUAGACGCUGUGUUGACCAGAAAUGUGGGGUCUUGUGGUUUUGAUCGGACCAGAAGUUCACAUUUGUUUUUUAUUAUUAAUAUUAUAGCUAACGAUGAUUGUUAGGCUUUGUGUUAUUGUAAUAUUUUCCCAUAACUAGCUAGAAAAAUGGAAAACUCCAUUAUGGAAGAAAAAAACCUUUGUAUGUUUAUUGUAGAGCGUCUGACUGGGGAGCAUUUUUGUCAAAUGACAGUGAAAUUGUUUGAUUGGCCUGGGAUUCUGUAAUGUUUUAUACUUAAAAAUGGAAUUGUUAAAACCAUUUUUUAUAUAAAA